GUCCCUGUUCCCAAGGCGUCCAUGCCACACGGAUGUGGUGCAGGGGUGGCUGUGACACAGACAUGUCCCCUGCCCCUCCAAAUCUUUUGGGGACCACCCCAUGCACUUUCUCACAAGAACUGCUUUCCCACGGGGACAGUUUGGGGACAGCCCCCACACUCUGUGCCCGGGGUGGCACUGUCCCCACGGUGCCACCCCCAGCCAGCCCUGUCCCUUCUCCCUUCCAGCCCAGACCCUCGGCCUCGCUGGUGCCCAGACCCUCCAGCUCCUCGUGGAUCCCCCCUGGAGGCCGGCGGUGCUGUGGGACGAGGUGACACUGACCUGCCAGGGCUCAGGGACCGCCGGUGCCACCACCUGGUACAAGGACGGGUGGCGCUGGGAGCCGAGGGGACACAACUGCCUCACUGUCACCGAGAGUGGCACCUACCAGUGUGCCAGACCCGGCAGUGGGCGCAGCCCCCCUGUGAGAGUCUUAAAUGACCGGCUGGUGCUGCAGGUGCCGGCGCGGGCGCUGCUGGAGGGGGACACGGUGACACUGCGCUGCCGGGGCCGGCAGGACAACAAGGUCACCUGGGUGUCCUUCUACCACGAGGGGCAGGAACUGGGGCUGCUCCCCGAUGGGACCGAGCUGUCCCUGUCGCCUCUGGAGCUGCACCACAGCGGCCGCUACCGCUGCAAGGGCCGGGUGGAAUGGUUGGGGUGGAAGGAGUCAGCGCCGGUGACAGUGACAGUGCAGGAGCUCUUCCCUGUGCCGGUGCUGGAGGGUCCCCCCGAGCCCACCGAGGGGUCCCCCCUGAAUCUCAGCUGCCUCAGCACCCCCAGCCCCCUGCGGCCCCGAGCCCCCCUCCUGCACGUGUUCUACCGGGACGGGCAGAGGGUGGGGGGCCCGCAGGGGUCCCCGCAGCUGCUGGUGCCCGCCGUGGGGGUCUCCCACUCGGGGAAUUACAGCUGCGAGGUGCGCUCCGAGGGGGGGGCCGUGCGGAAGAGCAGCGCCCGGCUCCGCGUCACGGUGCACAUUCCUUCCAUCUCUCCCCUUGUCCUCUCACCCCUUUGUGUUGUGACCCCAUCCCCGGCAUCCCCCAUCACACCCAUCCCCCCCGGCCCAAUCCCCCCACACCGGCUGCCAGCCCCUCCCUGUGACCUCAGCCCUGUCUGUGUCCCCGCAGUGCCCGUGGCCAAUGCCACCAUCACCCCCGCUCCCCCGGCACACCAGGUGUGCCCAGGUGACCCCGUGACCCUGCGCUGCUCAGUGCAGGUGGGCUCAGCCCCUGUCACCUUCACCUGGCUGCACAACGGGCAGGAGGUGGCCCGGGGUCCCCUCCUGGAGCUUGGGGACGUCAGUGUGGCACAUUCGGGCACCUACCAGUGCGUGGCCACCAACCAGCUGGGACAGGACGAGCACCGGGCACUCAGCCCAGAGCUGGCACUGACGGUGACAACGUGGGGACACAGGGACACAGUGGCCGCAGGGGUCGGUGGGGCCUUUUUGUUCCUGGUCCUGCUCGUGGGUGUCAUUGUGGCCUGGCACCGGUGGCACCGUGUGGCCCCCAGGAAGCACCAGGAAAGAGCCCCCCCGGAUCCCCCCGAGGAGGGGGAGGUGCUGUACACCCAGGUCGUGAGCACCACGAGGACAGGGGUGUCCCCCCGUGCCACCACACCCCAGGAUCCCCACGUCACCUACGCGGAGCUGCGGGGACCCCACGGGCGACCUCAGGAACCCGGUGACAUCUACGGGAAUGUGCUGUGACACUGGGGGGAACUGGGGGGCACUGGGGGUCCCCACCCAUGGGCGCCCACACGUGUGUGUGCUGCCACUAAAAACUGCCCCUCUCCCUCCCCGUGGAGCACAAAGAUCCCAAAGGGCUGAGAGAAGAACGAUUUCCUGAAACAGCAACGAGAGAGAA